AUGGAAUAGUCGUUGCUUAAUAAAUAAGAAAAGUAGUAGUCUUAACCAAGAAAAAAAAAAUAAGUAUUUUGCUGUUGUUUUGGCGGAGGAGACGAUGUAGAAACUGAUGAAGAAUAACAUCAUCAAGAAAAGUAGUAGUCUUAACCAAGAAAAAAAAAAUAAGUAUUUUGCUGUUGUUUUGGCGGAGGAGACGAUGUAGAAACUGAUGAAGAAUAACAUCAUCAAGAAAAGUAGUAGUCUUAACCAAGAAAAAAAAAAUAAGUAUUUUGCUGUUGUUUUGGCGGAGGAGACGAUGUAGAAACUGAUGAAGAAUAACAUCAUCAUUAAGGUUAAUAAGAACCUAAUUAUUUUUAGCAAAAUAGUUAGGAUGUAAAUAAUACAACAACAAUUCCUUGUAUGAGUAAUAUUUCAUAGCCAAAUAGCGAAAUCUAUACAAGUUAAGGUUACGCUUAAUAAAGUAAAGCUAAAAACUCUCCACAAAAAGAAAGAAAGAGAGAUAUGCAAUCUUCUUCUCAUAACAGCCGCGUGAUAAAAGAGUAAGGGGAAGAAAAUAAUAGCAGCAGUUCAAGUAAUUCCACAAAUAAUUAAUAAUAAAAUUACCAAAAGUCUUAAAAUUAGAACAUAAAUGAGUAUAAUACCCCUAAUCCAUAGUAAAAUGCUAUGAGUAAAAAUACGUUAAAAAUAUAAUCUCAUAAAAAAUCCACAGAGUAAUCAUAUACAAAUGAGCAUGAUACUUAUUUGAAUUUCGAUUAGAGCAGCCAAGCAUUAAAUGCAGAUUUAAACCAUUCUUUGUAAAGCAAAAAUAAUCUCAAAAACUCAGUUAAGAAAGCUAAGUACAAUAUAAAAGCGUUUUUGUAAUAAUACAAGCAGCAAUAAACUGAUCUUUUCCAUCUGUAUUGUAAAAAGAAAGAAAGCUAUUUAUUAGUCAAAACCUUGGAAAAGAAUUUCUAGAGUAACUCAUUCUUGAAUUCUCAGGUAAAUCAAAACCCCAGCAAGCAAAGUAUCUGCUAAAAAGGAGUAGUUUCUACUGAUCCAAAUAGUUACUUUUACAACAGAAAUUUCAAAAGUGAUUUUGACAGCUAAUUUAAUGCAAUUCCUGAGCCGAUUUGCUAAUAUCUUUCAUCUAGAUUAAAAAAUCAAAUUGUUGUAGACGCCUUUUGUGGAGUAGGUUACAAUACAGUCUAAUUUGCUAAAGAAGCUAGCUAAGUGAUUGCUAUUGAUUGCAAUUAGGUUAAAGUAAGCCAUGCUAAAUACAAUAUUGAAUCAUUCAAAUAACAGCAUAAAGUUGAAGUAAUUUAAUCUGAUUUCCUUCAAAUGAAAAAGUUGAAAGCGGAUACAGUAGUUCUUCAUCCUGACUACAAAAAAUUUGAUAACUCAAUUUCUUCUUCCUAAGGUAUUGAUAAUUCAAUUAACCUACUUACAGAAGUAUAGCCAAAUCUCGUAGAAGCUCUUAAACUCUCAUUUAAAAUUUCAGACAGUGUUGUAAUCAUACUUUAAAAAAGUUGUGAUAUCCAACAGCUCCCUCAAGUAUUAGAGCAAGCUAAUUAUCCAUAUAAAAAAUUCGCUGUUGAAAUCGAACUAAUGCAUAUUGACAGAAAAUUCAACCUUGCUCUCGUUUUUCUUGGAGAUAUUGCCCAAGUAAGCAAGGAAGAAGUUGUAGAGUAUUAUACAAAAUUAUUAUACGAAAGUUCAGAUGUUUAAAAUUAAAUAUUCAUGAACAAGAUCAAGAGUAUUCUAGUGCAUAUAAUGCAUACAAGUAAAAUCAAAGGAGUUUCUUAGUUAAUCGAAAAUUGUGAAAAAUCUGUAGCCUCUCAGCAAAACAGAAAAACUUUAUUCCAAGAGUUUUAUGAUUGCUUAAGUGAAAAAAAAGGAAGGAUCAGAAGCAGUGGUAAUUUACAGUUCGAAGCUGAUAGUAUAGUAACUACUGAUAAAUCACUAAAGCAACUUAUAAGAGAUAUUGACGAUAUAUUAUCCGCUAAUUAAAAAAGUAACUUUAAAUCUUAAAGUCCUUCUAGUAAUGAAGACUUAGGAAGUUACAAUUACAAGUUUGAUUUUGAAGGAAGUAAUAAGUUUAAUGGAAAGCCUAAAAAAAAGGCUUAAUUUAACUAAAGUAUGCAAGAAACAGCCCAUGAUAAUUCUAGUAGCUAAUCUCUUAUUAAAAGUGCACUUACCAAGAAAUAAGUAAAGGGGUUAAAUAAGAACACUGUCCAACAAUUGAAAAAAAGUGAGCAAAAUAAUAGUAUAAUGAGUAAAGGAUUUAAAAAUAGUGAUUUAAGUAAUAAUAAUUAAAAUGCAGGAAACAAUUAAAAUAAUUAAAGUGAAGAUAAUCUUAGCGAAAAUCAUAACGAAUAUGAAUACCAUACUAGUCAAUAUAAUGAUGAAGACUAUGGAGACAGCAUUCCUAAAAUUAUUUAUUCUUGCUCCUACGAAACAAACUAAUUAAUUGAUUCAGAGGGUAGUGAAAAUAACAGUUUGCGUCCUCAAUUCAGUAAUGGAAUCUACUUCAACUAAUCUACUGAUGUUUACGAUGAAUAGGAAUUCAGAGCAAGCAUAAUGAAUUUAAAAGGCGGUAGCAACUACUAUGAUCGCCCAUUAGUAAAACACACUAACUCGGCUGGUGGAAUAUUAGGCUUUACAAGAGAGUAGUUCCUUAAUGCAAGCAUUUAAACUAAUGGAUCAGGAAAAGGUCAAACGAUUUUAAUAGGAACAAAAAGCCAAAAAAAUAAUGAAAGCAAAAAUAAUUUAUCAGGAUAUGAUGAUAACAUGAGUAACAAUAGAUCUGCAUCAAAAUUAAAUUAAUAUUAUUAGCAAGAUUUUUAAGAAGACUGUGCUGAGUUUGACUGGUAAUAAGAAGAAGGUACAGAAAAUAGCUUUUAACAAUAACCUAAAUAGACAUAGACAAAAAUAAAAAAUAAUAUCAAUACUUUUUAGAAUAACCCUGACCUAGAUGAGUCAUAUAAGAAUACCAAAAUAUAAACUGUCCCAAAUAGUUUAUCUUGA